AUGCUGAUGCAGCUCUGUAGUAUCAAGAACUUGUACCAGAAUCGGUUCUUGGGCCUGGCGGCCAUGGCAUCCCCGACCCGCAGCAGCCAGACCCGGCAGCGCUGUAAGGAUGCGGUUCGUCACAGCUACAGCCCAGACACCUACGCCGUCAAUGGUCUGAACCAGGAGGCCUUCAUGCUGGGGCUGUCACGGUCCACCAGCGACACCGAUCUGGUCUCCCCAGACGCGCGCUCCACCCUCACCAUCAGCUCCUCCCACUACACCAUAGGCCAGUCUGAAGAUCUGGUGAUCACAUGGGACAUCAAGGAGGAAGUGGAUGCUGGAGACUGGAUCGGAAUGUAUCUUGUUGAUGAGGCUUUGUCUGAGAACUUUCUGGACUACAAGAACCGCGGCAUCAACGGCUCUCACAAAGGGCAGAUUGUUUGGAAAAUAGACUCCAGCUCCCACUUCAGUGACUCUGAGACCCAGGUCUGCUUCAGGUACUAUCACGGUGUCACCGGAGCCCUGAGGGCAACCACACCCAGUGUGACCAUCAAGAAUGUCCCAGCAACUGUACUAAAGCCAGUGGUCAGUCCUGAAGUCAACCAUGGACUGGGCAACAGGAGACUCAUUAACUUUUCCCUGUCAGACCUCCAGGCAGUUGGUUUGAAAAAGGGGAUGUUCUUCAAUCCCGACCCCUACCUGAAGCUCUCCAUCCAGCCUGGAAAGCACAGCAUCUUCCCCUCGCUGCCACACCACGGCCAGGAGAAACGCUCCGGAGUGGUCUGCAACACAGUCAACCCACAAUGGAGCACAGAGAGAUUUAACUUUGUGUCUCUGCCCACUGACGUCCUGGAGAUCGAGGUGAAGGAUAAGUUUGCCAAGAGUCGGCCAAUCAUCAAGCGCUUCCUGGGGAAGCUCUCUGUCCCAGUCCAGAGGCUGCUGGAAAAACACGCCAUUGGGGAUCGAGUAGUGAGCUAUUCACUGGGUCGCAGGUUGCCAACAGAUCAUGUCUGCGGCCAGCUGCAGUUCCGCUUUGAGCUGACCUCUUCUAUUCACCCAGAUGAUGAGGAGAUCUCUCUGGUCAUAGAGGCAGCCUGUCCUGAGGGGGAAAAUGCAGCAAAUGAAAACCAUGCUGCCCACGCCCCUGAAGAUGACACGCUAAGUGUGGGACCAGACAUGCCUGACCUCCCCCUGGAUGCUCCUCCUGACCCUGAGACCUCCGCGCCACCGGCCCCCAGGGCAGAAGCCUCCACACCUGAAGAGGUCCAACCUGCUCUACCUGAGGCAACACCAGAGACGGAGCAAGGAAAUGUGGAGGAGGAGAGCACGGUGAGGGAGGAGCCACUGUCUACAGAGCCGCAGGAGGAGGGGGCCUUGGCCGAACAGCAGGAGGAGAACAGUGGACCGGGGGUGGAGGAGGGAGAAAGAGAGGAGAGGCAGCAGGUGGAUGAAGAGGAGGAGCAGAGGGCAGAGUCUGUAACACAAGCUGAAGAGGAGGUGACAGAAGUAGAAAAGGAGUUUGAAGAGGAAACACAGCCAAAGCCAGACACUGACAGUCCUGUAGCAGUAACAACAGACACUACUGUGGAGGCCCCCACAGAGGGAAACAUCACAUCCCAGGGGCCCCCUGUAGAAACAACAGAGGGAGCCCCACUGGAGGUGACAGAGGGAGGAGAAAGAAGCUGCAUCCCCUGCACCUGCCAGUCCCUCUUCUCAAACUACUCCCAUGCUCCCUCCCGGCGCAAGAACCGCCCUUGUUCCCUUCCGGUGUCAGAGCUGGAGACGGUGAUCGCGUCGGCCUGCGGUGAGCCGGAGACGCCGCGAUCCCACUACAUCCGGAUUCACCACCUCCUCCACAGUCUCCCGUCAGCCCAAAACAGAGCUCCCAGCCAGGAGGAGGAGGACACUGGGGAGGGAGAUAAUAUAACUAUCACUCAAGAUACCACCUCCACAUCACCAACACUUAAAACCUCCAAGGCGGAGGAGGGGCAGGAGGAUGAGGAAGAGGAGGAUACAACCCAGUCUCCCUCUCAGGUCCCCGAGUGUCCAGGCCCCUGCUGCCGUCGCUCCCUACCCCGCAGCCUCUCCAUUGAACGCCUCUCUGAGCUGAACCAGCUCCUGGAAGGUGAUGGAGUAGGACAUGCAGCAAUCAGACGGAUCUCCCCCUCCUGCCUGGAGAGCGAGGAGGGGGAUUCCAGUAAUGGAGGAGGAAGAAGAGUUGGUGGGAGCACCCACAGACCUCCAGGUGAGAACGAGUGUGAGUUUUGCGACACCUCCUGCUACAGCACCUCCUGCUACAGCACUUCCUGUUACAGCACGUCGUGCUACAGCAACUCAGGCUACGAGGGGCGGAACCGCUUCUGUAGCCACACCCGCCUCUCCUCGGUGGACAGCAACAGACUCUCCGGCAGCACCGUGUUCUCCUCCCAGGAUGAAGAUGAAGAUGAGGAGAGCGCCUUUGAGUCGGUGCCCGAUGCCAGCCACUCGCCAGAGGGCCAGGAGGUGGGCGGGGCAGGAGGAGAGAGGAGGACUGGAAGGUGGAGGGAGGCCAGGAGAGGAGAGCAGGGGGAGCCAGCUGUGGCGGGGCCCAGCGAUAGGAGCAACUUCGGCUCAGGCUUCUCCCCUCCUGUUGGCCAUCUUCCAGUCCUGCGACCCAGCCAUGACCUAAACCAUUUUCCUGCUGCCACUGACCAAGCCUUACCUCCAAAUUGGGAAGCUCGUAUCGACAGCCACGGCAGAGUUUUCUACGUGGACCAUGUCAACCGGACAACAACCUGGCAGAGGCCGAGCCACAGCGGCAAGUGUAACCACGGCAUCCCCCGCUCAGGGUCCACCCAGCAGAUGGAGCAGCUCAACAGGAGGUACCAGAACAUCCAGAGGACCAUGGCCACCGAGGAGGAUGGUGGGACUCAGAGGUUAGAGCGGAGCGGCAGUACGGAGACUGAUUCAGACGCUCCUCCGUCAGGCCCCGCCUCCCCUGUCAAUCACCAGAAGAUCAGCUAUCUCCUCCAGUCACCUGCUGUCAAGUUCAUCACACACCCAGAAUUCUUCACUGUGUUGCACAGUAACUAUGCAGCCUACCGGAUGUUCACCGGCAGCAGCUGUGUUAAACACAUGAUCCUGAAGGUGCGUCGCGAUGCCAGGAACUUUGAGCGCUACCAGCAUAACCGGGACCUGGUGGUUUUCCUCAACAAGUUUGCAGACACUCAGCUGGAGCUGCCACGAGGCUGGGAAAUCAAGACCGACCCCCAGGGCAAGUCUUUCUUCGUGGACCACAAUAGUCGAGCCACAACCUUCAUUGACCCUCGCAUCCCUCUGCAGAAUGGCCGGCUGCCCGGCCACCUCGCCCACCGCCAACAUCUGCAGAGACUACGCAGCUACAGCGCCGGCGAGGCUUCUGAUGUGUCCAGGAGUCGUGGAGCUUCUCUGAUGGCCAGGCCCGGAAACAGCCUGGUAGCCGCCAUACGAAGCCAGCAUCACGCUGACCCACAACAACUGACUGCUCCAUCUUACAAUGACAAGAUAGUGGCGUUCCUUCGACAGCCGAACAUAUUUGACAUGUUGCAGGAGCGACAGCCCAGCCUGAGCAGAAACCACGCGCUGAGGGAGAAAAUCCACUACAUUCGAACAGAAGGUACUCAGGGGGUGGAGAAGCUGUCAUGUGAUGCAGACCUCGUCAUCCUGUUAAGUUUAUAUGAAGAGGAAAUCAUGUCUUAUGUUCCGCCUCACCCCAUCCACCCCGGCUUCAGCUUCUCUCCUCGCUGCUCACCCGCCUCCUCACCACAGAACUCUCCUGGCCUGCAGAGGGCCAGGGCUCCAGCUCCUUACCGUAGAGACUUUGAAGCCAAACUAAGAAACUUCUACAGGAAAUUAGAAGCAAAGGGCUACGGCCAGGGACCGGGCAAGAUCAAGUUGCUGAUCAGGAGAGAACACUUGCUGGAGGGAACCUUUAACCAGGUGAUGGCGUACUCCCGCAAAGAGCUGCAGAGGAACAAACUCUAUGUCACCUUCCUGGGAGAGGAGGGAUUGGACUACAGUGGUCCAUCCAGAGAGUUCUUCUUCCUCUUGUCUCAGGAGUUGUUCAAUCCGUACUAUGGUCUGUUUGAAUACUCCGCUAACGACACGUACACCGUUCAAAUCAGCCCCAUGUCGGCGUUUGUUGAGAACCAUCUGGAAUGGUUCCGUUUCAGCGGUCGUAUCCUGGGCCUGGCUCUGAUCCAUCAGUACCUGCUCGAUGCUUUCUUCACCAGACCUUUCUACAAGGCGCUGCUCCGACAGCCGACAGACCUGUCUGAUCUGGAGUAUCUGGACGAGGAGUUCCACCAGUCUCUGCAGUGGAUGAAAGACAACGACAUCACGGACAUCCUUGACCUCACCUUCACCGUCAAUGAGGAGGUGUUUGGCCAGGUGACGGAGCGGGAGCUGAAGUCGGGUGGCUCCCACCUCCAGGUGACUGAGAAGAACAAGAAGGAUUACAUAGAGCGCAUGGCUAAGUGGAGGGUGGAGAGAGGAGUGGUGCAGCAGACAGAGGCGCUGGUCAGAGGCUUCUACGAGGUGGUAGACUCCAGGUUGGUGUCUGUGUUCGAUGCACGAGAGCUGGAGCUGGUUAUCGCCGGUACAGUAGAGAUCGACCUCAGUGACUGGAGGAGCAACACGGAGUACAGAGGAGGUUACCACGAUGGUCACAUAGUGAUGCGGUGGUUCUGGGCCGCUGUGGAGCGCUUCAACAACGAGCAGCGUCUCCGCCUGCUGCAGUUUGUCACCGGGACGUCCAGCGUUCCCUACGAGGGCUUCGCCGCGCUGCGAGGAUCCAACGGCCUCCGACGCUUCUGCAUCGAGAAGUGGGGCAAAGUCACAUCACUACCCAGGGCUCAUACCUGUUUUAACCGUUUGGACCUGCCUCCAUACCCUUCAUACACCAUGCUGUAUGAGAAAUUGCUGAUUGCAGUGGAGGAAACCAGCACAUUUGGCCUGGAGUGA